CCUCAACUCUUUGCUUCAUUUCUAAGGGGAAACACGAAUAUUUAACAAUAAGUUGAUAUGCAGCAAUGAUUUCCUUUUUCCUGCCAAUUUAUCAAGCAACUCUUCUCUUCAAAUCUCCCCUUCCCGAGGGAUCAACACUUGAGAAUUCUUGGAUUUCAGUUUCAGUAUCUUACAUUGAAUAUAAGCAGGCACACUGUUACAUGAUAUUUUACUCAAUUCAACAACUUCUCAAGUCAUCUGCACCCUGAAAAUCCCUCUCCCUUCACAAGAAACAUGAGAGCUAAACCACAAUACCCCUUCAAUCUCAAGAUCAUUUUGAUUUGUUUUUUCUUUCUAUUCCUUCUCUUCUUGACACUCAGAUCAAGUUUCUCCUACUCCCACCACACUUCUUCUUCAACCUCAGCAAUCCAUCCUGCAAACUCAUCAGAUCUCCCAGAAGAACCAAAGCCAACAGAUUGCCCAACUCUUCCUAAUUUGACACCAACAUGCACCAAAAUCUCACCUUCUUUAGCACAUGCCUUAGUCCACUACGCAACAUUAAACAUCACCCCUCAACAAACCCUGAAAGAAAUCUCCGUAUCCCUUAAAGUGCUCGAAAAUAAGUCCCCGUGCAACUUCUUGGUGUUCGGAUUAGGCCACGACAGCCUUAUGUGGACGGCACUCAACCAUGGCGGCCGAACGGUAUUCCUUGAAGAAGACAAGUCAUGGAUUCAGCAAAUCCAAAGGCAAAUCCCGUCAUUAGAAUCAUACCAUGUUGUGUAUGAUACCAAGGUGACACAAGCAGAUGAACUCCUUGAGAUCAGCACGAAAGAAGAGUGCAAAACUGUUGGUGAUCCAAGAUUUUCAAAAUGCCCACUUGCUCUAAAGGGCUUGCCUAACGAAGUGUAUGAUAUAGAAUGGGAUUUGAUCAUGGUGGAUGCCCCGACAGGGUACUUCGACGGUGCACCAGGACGGAUGAGUGCUAUAUACACCGCCGGAUUGAUGGCAAGAAACAGAGAAAAUGGUGAGACUGAUGUGUUUGUGCAUGAUGUGGAUAGGGUGGUGGAGGACAAAUUCUCAAAGGCAUUGCUGUGUGAAGGUUACUUGAGAGAACAAGAAGGGAGAAUCAGGCAUUUCACAAUCCCAAGUCACAGGACUCGUUCGGGCAGACCUUUCUGUCCAUAGAGAUGCUAUGCUCCGAGCAACUGUAUUGAAUUUCCAAUAAGUUUUUUUUUUUUGGUUAUUUGCUCUGCUGGUAUGGAUGAACUCUGGAGGGGUUCUGGUUUUUGAUUUUAUGCUUAUCAUUUAUGAGUACAAUUAUUAUUUCAUUCUUA